AUGAAGCCGCAAGAAGUAAUAGAAGAUCAAAUUAAACUUCGUGUUUUUCCCUUCUCACUGAAAGAUACUGAAAAAGAUUGGCUAUUCAAUCUACCUGCCGGAAACGUCACUACAUGGACUGAUAUGAAGAAAAAAUUUCUCGAAAAGUACUUUCCCGUUUCACGAGCUGCGAUCAUGAGGAAAAAGAUAUGCCAAAUGACACAACAUACAUGGGAGUCUUUAUUUGAAUAUUGGGACCGUUUUAAUGCUUUACUUAUUCGAUGUCCCCAUCAUCAAAUCCCCGUGCAAUUACUGAUUCAAUAUUUCUAUGAAGGUUUGACUUCCAUUGAUAGAAGAAUCAUAGAUGCAGCAAGUGGAGGGGCCUUGAUGAACAAAACUCCUAGAGAUGUGUGGGACUUACUGAACAAUAUGACGAUGAACUCACAACAGUUCAGACCAAGAGAAGCAGUAGCAAUUAAAGAAGCAAGCGAUGAACAUCCUACUGCUAUUUGUCCUACUUUGAGUCAAAAAGUAGAUGUCAGUGUUGCAGGAUUCAUCCCAAGAGCAUACAACCAUUACUCGAAUACCUACAAUCCAGGAUGGAAUGAUCAGUCGAACUUAAAGUAUGGGAAUCGACAAACUAACUUUGAAGAUCAUUCGAGAGGAUUCUCAGCACCUAAUCACCCUCCACAACCCUCUCAAACGGUUCCGAGUAAUUCUUCAGAGGAUAUGAUGAAAACUAUGGCGUCUAAAAUGUUGCAAUUUCAACAAGAAACUCGGAAUAGCAUAAGGAACUUGGAAGAAUAA